UUCUUGCUGAACCUGAAAUUAGCUGCUAUGUCUUCUUCAAAUACCCUUAUACUUUCUUUCGCUUCAUGUCUAAGCAUAAACCCAACUUCCUCUCUUAUCUCAGCAUUUUAUUAUAUAAUUAUUUAGGAACAGGUCGUAACUUCUGCAGAAUCCAAGUUCUUUAAUUUCGAAUCAGACAAUGAGGCCUAAAGCAAAUCAAAGCCACAAGCUGAAGCUUCUCCUUGUUUUUCUUCUUGCCACCUUAAUUCUCAUCUUCAUCUUGAGAGCAACUCUGACAUCUUCACAUGAACAGCAGACUCCAGAAGAGACAAGAACAGCGCGUUGCUCUGGUGCUUGCAAUAAGCUACCACGUUCCCUCGCACAAGCCCUGAUCCAUUACUCGACUUCGGUUAUCACACCACAACAAACGCUCAAAGAGAUAGCGGUUAGCAGUACAGUACUCGGCAAAAAGUCACCCUGCAAUUUCUUGGUGUUUGGUCUAGGCCACGACAGCCUCAUGUGGAGCUCUCUCAACUAUGGAGGCCGGACUGUAUUUCUUGAAGAAGAUGAAGCAUGGAUUAAACAGAUCAAGAGACGGUUUCCGAUGCUGGAAUCGUAUCAUGUGACAUAUGACAGUAAAGUCAAUCAAGCGGAUAAUCUCAUAGAAGUUGGGAAAGGACCUGAAUGCACAGCCAUUGGAGAUCCAAGGUACUCAAUGUGUCAACUAGCACUCAAGGGUUUGCCUGCAGAAAUCUAUGAGACUAGUUGGGAUCUAAUCAUGGUUGAUGCACCGACUGGCUACUACGAUGAGGCUCCUGGGAGAAUGACAGCAAUUUACACCGCGGGAAUGAUGGCGAGGAACAGGAAACAGGGAGGAGAGACUGAUGUGUUUGUGCAUGAUGUGAACAGGGAAAUAGAAAACAAGUUCUCUAAGACUUUCUUGUGUGAAGGGUACAUGACGAAACAGGAAGGGAGACUAAGGCAUUUUGUUAUCCCUAGCUAUAGAGAUGGAUCAGAAUCAGAAUCAAAUAGACCCUUUUGUCCAUAGUAAACACAUGUAACCUAGAUCUCCUCUGUUUCUCUGAAUAAUGGAACUCUUUAUCGUCCUU